GUCAAGAAAGCCGGUUAACUGAGUCACUAUUCAAACUCCACCAGCUCACACACUACACGCAGUACCCACCAACCCACUCCUUCUCUAUAUAUAGGCGACAACGAGCUUUGCUGGAGUUCCAUUAUCGCUUACACUCCUUUUUGGCUGCUCCAUUCUUCAGGCUUAAUUUUGCUCAAGGUUGAUCAUGGCACCAGAAGCUGCUUCAAUCAAUCCAAAAGAUGUUUGCAUCGUGGGUGUUGCUCGGACACCUAUGGGUGGUUUUCUUGGCUCACUUUCAUCAGUUCCGGCAACAAAGCUCGGAUCUGUAGCUAUUCAGAGUGCUUUGAAGAGAGCAAAUAUCGAUCCAUCACUUGUACAAGAAGUUUUCUUCGGAAAUGUACUUAGCGCAAACUUAGGACAGGCUCCUGCCCGCCAGGCAGCAUUGGGUGCCGGAAUCCCAAAUUCAGUAGUCUGUACAACCAUCAACAAAGUUUGUGCCUCUGGAAUGAAAGCAACCAUGCUAGCAGCACAAAGCAUCCAGUUGGGGCUCAAUGACGUUGUAGUGGCCGGUGGCAUGGAAAGCAUGUCAAAUGCCCCAAAAUACAUCGCAGAGGCAAGGAAAGGAUCUCGACUUGGGCACGACUCUCUUGUUGAUGGAAUGCUGAAAGAUGGACUCUGGGAUGUUUACAACGAUGUUGGCAUGGGUGUGUGCGCUGAAUUAUGUGCUGAGCACCAUAGCAUUACAAGAGAGCAGCAGGACGACUUCGCAGUCCAAAGUUUCGAGCGUGGAAUUGCUGCUCAAGAUGCCAAUUCCUUUGCUUGGGAGAUUACUCCAGUUGAAGUUUCCGGUGGGAGAGGACGACCAUCCACCAUUGUUGACAAGGACGAAGGUCUUGGAAAGUUUGAUGCUGCAAAAUUGAGAAAGCUAAGGCCGAGUUUCAAGGAAACAGGCGGAACUGUCACAGCUGGAAACGCUUCUAGCAUAAGUGAUGGUGCCGCGGCUCUUGUUUUAGUAAGUGGACAGAAAGCUCUUGAACUCGGGCUUACAGUCAUUGCUAAGAUCUCUGGAUAUGCUGAUGCCGCUCAUGCCCCGGAACUGUUUACGACUGCCCCAGCUCUAGCAAUCCCCAAAGCACUCAAGAAUGCUGGUAUAGAAGCAUCUAAAGUAGACUAUUACGAAAUCAAUGAAGCUUUUGCAGUUGUGGCUCUUGCAAAUCAGAAGCUAUUGGAUCUUAGUCCGGAAAGAGUUAACGUAAAUGGUGGAGCUGUGUCUCUGGGGCAUCCUCUUGGUUGCAGUGGUGCUCGUAUCUUGGUCACUCUUUUGGGGGUUUUGAGGCAAAAGAACGGAAAGUAUGGUGUUGGUGGUGUUUGCAAUGGAGGAGGAGGCGCCUCGGCCCUCGUCUUAGAACUCGUGUAAUCCUCCCCAGUUUGUGAUUUCGUUGCGGACGAUGUGACUGGCAGCAGAAGCAGCUAUGCCUGGUUUCUAGCACCAUUGAAGAGAUGGAGAAAGCAGAGGGAAGUAGAUUAAUCUGUACCAUCUUUCAGUUUUAGAUCAAAAUCCUUGAGAGUUUUUUCUGUGUGUUGUCUAUCUUUGUUGAGCCAAUGAAUUUAAGUUAGAUAGUAGUACAUGUGAGUGUGUUUCUGACUUAUAUUGGUGUGUACCUUUUAUCUUAAUAAAUAAACAUAUUUCGUAAUUUAUUUCAUCAA